AUGCGGCUUUCUUUCCUAAAGGUCUGAGCCGGGUAUUUAUUUUCCUGUGGAACCCUGCCCCUGGCUUGCCAGACGGCGUCUGCCUCUGAAGCUCGCAGCGAUUUCCUUUCCAGCUUGCCCUUAUCUCGCUCUGCACGUUGCCUCUCGGUGACUAAUAACACAGUCAAUGACAAUAACAUUGUCUCAGGAUAAAAUGAAGUAGGCGCUGUUUACUCGCUACGUCGGGGGGUGGUAUAAAAAGAAGCCGCGGAGAGCCAGUCCAGCCAGAAGCGCUCCGAGCGCAAGGGAACGCCAACUCGCCCGUCCAGCCACCCUUGCUCGCCGGCUGCCUAGUGGAUUGCGGGGGGCUCCUUGCGUGCGUCCUCGGAUCUCUGCGGCCAAGCCACACCGAGACUACUCGAAGCCUCCCGAGGCAGCAAAAAGGAGUCUUAAAGGAAUAAUUGCCCUGCCUUGGGUUUGCCAGAGAAUUAGCGUCAGGAUGGAUUACACGCGGCUAAUCCUUCCGCUGCUCGUUGUGGUCUGCCAGGGAGCUCGCCACGCAGCUGCUUCGGAUGCUGAGCUCAGCGCCGUCGAGAGAGCCGAAAAGCAGCCUUCGAGCGCCCCCUUGCCGCUGCGCAGGUCCAAACGCUGCUCCUGUUCUUCUCUGAUGGAUAAGGAGUGCGUUUAUUUCUGCCACCUGGACAUCAUCUGGAUCAACACCCCCGAGCGGACUGUGCCAUAUGGGCUUGGGGGUCCUUCUCGAACCAGACGGUCACUGGAAGAUUCUUCUCUUGGCAGUCUUCGUGGGUCUCAUGACAGAUGCCACUGUGCUCAUCUAAAAGACAAGAAGUGCCUGAACUUCUGCCAGAUUGGAAAAGAAUACUGGUUCCAGUCCACCAGGCAGAAGGGAUGGAAACCUCUUCAUAAAGACAGAGAUUGCCAAUGGCUUGGGCUGAAAUGUGCAUACAGGCAACUGGCUAACAGCAAGAAAAUGAGAAGGAUGGAGGCCAUUGGUAACAGUAUCAAAGCUUCUUUUAAUAUUGCCAGACUGAAGAGCAGGCUGCACAAACCAAAGCAGCUGAAGCAUAACCGAACAUAUAAAAAGCAAAACAUUUGGGAAAGCCUGAAGACGACAUCUUAGUGGAAAGAUCACCAACGCUAAUCCUCAAGUCAUCACAAAUUACUGACAAAGCAUUGCUGCAGCUCUGUUUUGACUUCUUAACAUUCCACGCUGGGAAAAGAUCAAGGAGUGUUGUUCUAAAUGUUAACUCUCUGAAGGUAAAGGAGGACCCAAAAUAAAUCUUCCAUUUGGACAGAUGACAAAGCAGCUAAUUGCUGCCCUCCUCCUGGAAUUCAGUUGAAAGGGUUGGGUCAAAGAACAUCCCUUCGACUGACUUUAUGUGAGCUGUCGGAUGAAGCCGGGACCUAUUUGGAUCCUGGUUCUGAAGAGUGGGUAACAUUGAAGAAGUGCUCUCAUUUAGUCUGGCAGACUGCUGACAGAGAGAUCUCCAAAGAGAAUGCCAGCUGUAUUGUGAUCAAGGAAAUCAGAAAUGGGAAGGUCCGGAUUUGAAAAAGAGACGUUUGUACUCUUUAACUUCUUAAUUAAAAAACAAAUGACUGUGCAAAAUGAUCAGGACACAUUACCUUCAUAACAGGUCUACCUCGCAUGCUGCCUGUUGCACUCUUGCCAAAGUAUUGUUACAAUUUCUUGUGGUCAUCGAGCAUCAGCUGCAGCCUCUUAUUUUUGGUAGCUCAUACAAUCCUAUCGCUAACCACUCCAUUCCUCUCGAGUUUUCAAGCCUAUGGAUCAGAAUGCUUUGCACUGUAAAUGCUCAAAGGGGACAGAACCUACUAACCCCAUCCCAAAUCCAGGACAAUUUCUUGGGAAGUAGGUCCAAUUUUAUUUCAGUGGGUCAUAUUUCAAAUACGCAUGCUUAGGAUGGAAGAACAAAGGUUUUUAGACAGAAGGCAUUUAGCAUAACCUGAAAAAAAUGUGUUUUCUUAAUAGAAGGGAGGGUUAUAACAGUGUUAGGUUAUCCAAACUUCAUUUCACCCAUGUUCCAAUAAGAGGCUAAGCUGCAUGGGCCUGAUCCCUGAGGCCCAAAUAAUGGCAGGCUAGAUCUUUCUUACAUGCCUUGUUUUAAGGAUGCAACAGGUGGUUUGAAAAAUAAGAUAAAAGGCUCCUCUUGAGUGGAUGUUCAUAGCAGUGAAUGUAUCCAUAUGACUGAAUCUGCUGAAUAUGGUUGGGAUUGUAUUUUGUAUGAUGUUCUUAUUUUUUAACUAUCUAUAUGUUAUAUUUAUAUUUGCAAAACUCAUUAUAUUUACCAUGUUGAAUAUACAUUGAAACAGGCCAUAUUGGUCUAUGCAUGUCUUAUGUAUUUCUGUAUGAAAUUGGGGAAUUGCCUUGUGCCUGUUAAGGUAAACCAUAUUAGAAAUAAAUAUUUUUAACUAUU